CACACUUCAGCCACUCCGCCGCCGCCACCACCGCCGCCAAAGAAUCUAAGACAACGACUAGUUUCAUUGUAUCCUCUCGUCUACAAUAUCACGUGGCUGCCUGCUUCUGGAACCGGCGAAUCGGCGAAGGCCUCAAACACAUCCCUCGACCGAACCGGGCAUGCGUCGAUGCUGUUGCCUUCGGCCUCGCAACCGUCGCCAAUCGCCCCAGCGACAAGCGGAACGACAAGCCAGUUUCUUCGUCCUCUUCGAGGGGACACUGCGACCUGGCCAGACGAUACCGGAGACUCAGGCCAUACUGAAAUCAGACUGGAUCAAGAACCCCGUUUUGCAGGAGCCCUCGACUUUGCGACUGCGGAUUCGAGGCCGUCGAGGGCCAUCAAAGCGUCUGGGCACAACGACCCGACAGACGAACGUUUGUCCCGUCUGGCAUGGCUGGCAACAGACCCGGCCAGUGCCACCAAGGCCGUCGGCAGAUCGGAUAAAAGGGGUCUGCUGCCUCGACUCGGCGAGAAACCGGGCCGGAGUGGUUUACGCCAGACUGAACGUUCCCAGCAAGAUUCUUCCUCUUUAUUCUACAGGUAA